AUGCCUGCCAAGAAUGUGCAAUUUUUUGCCUUUUUUACCUUCUGCUUGCUGUUUGUGCCAGUUUGCUGGGGGGCCAAUGGGAUCUAUGCCCAGAAACUGCUCAAUGAUUUAUUUAGAAACUACACAAGUGCGCUGAGGCCAGUGGAAGACACAGAAGACAUCCUGAACGUCACACUACAGAUCACACUCUCCCAAAUCAUUGACAUGGACGAACGUAACCAGAUUCUGACAGCUUAUUUAUGGAUACGGCAAGUCUGGAUUGACAAGUAUCUCACCUGGAAUAAGGCGAACUAUGACGGGCUUGAUACCAUCCGUAUACCUGGUAGUUAUGUAUGGAGACCUGAUAUAGUCCUAUAUAACAGUGCUGAUGAUCACUUCACCAGCACUAUGGACACCAACGUCGUGAUCCGUCAUGAUGGCCAGAUCAUGUGGGAUGCUCCAGCCAUCACUAAAAGCUCCUGUAAAGUUGAUGUCUCGUUCUUCCCCUUUGACGCCCAGCAGUGUCGUCUGACCUACGGCUCAUGGACCUACAACGGCAACCAGCUUGACAUUCUGAACGCCAUGGAGAGCGCAGAUCUCGCAGACUUGGUGGACAACGUGGAGUGGGAGGUGCUGGGAAUGCCGGCCGAGAGGAAUGUAAUUCUGUACGGCUGCUGUGCAGACCCUUAUCCGGACGUGACCUACACUCUGAAACUGAAGAGAAGGGCUUCGUUUUAUGUGUUCAACUUGAUCAUUCCCUGUGUGAUGAUCUCUUUCUUGGCUCCGCUGGGCUUCUAUCUACCUGCAGACUCUGGAGAGAAGGUGUCACUGGGGGUCACUGUGAUGUUAGCACUCACCGUGUUUCAGCUGUUGGUAGCUGAGAUCAUGCCUCCCUCAGAGAAUGUUCCUCUUAUAGGAAAAUAUUACAUAGCCACAAUGACCAUGAUCACUGCAUCCACUGCCCUCACCAUCUUUAUUAUGAACAUACAUCACUGCGGCCCUGAGGCCAAACCUGUCCCAGAAUGGGCCAAGAAAUUCAUCCUGCAGUAUCUGGCCAGGAUUUGCUUUGUCUACGAAGUCGGUGAGAACUGCAUGACCUCACAGCCAGAGAGACCAGACCCCCAACCACCAAAAGCCCCUGAAUCCAACUGCAACAUGAACGGCCAAGCUGGGAAAGAUGACUUUGUGUUCAAAUUUGAGGAUGCCAUGUCUCCAAAGCUCCCAGGUGACACAGAAGACGCAUCUCAGAUCAUGAGUCCGGCAUGCUCACUGGGAAAACAACCCACCUGUCAGUAUGGUGUGUGGAAGGAGGGAGUGUUCAUGAGUAUGGACUGCGGUGAUGGAGCAGCAGAGGCGGGAAAAGCCACAGGAAGAGGAGAGGAUGAAUACAGAGAUCAUGAUGGCGGGCUCAAAGUGCAGUGCAAGUGUGAGCAGCAACAUCUCAUGAGGAAUAUUGAAUAUGUCGCAAACUGUUACCGCGAUCAGAGAGCCACAGCGAGAAGAACCGGAGAGUGGAAAAAGGUCGCCAAGGUUCUGGACCGAUUCUUCAUGUGGCUGUUUUUCAUUAUGGUUUUCUUCAUGAGCCUACUUAUAAUGGGGAAAGCCAUAUGAGAAGAAAUAAAGACAUAAAUGAAAGGCUAUAACUGAUCAUAUAAAAGAUGCCAUACAACCAGUUGGCCAUUAUCAAAAAAAAAAGAUUACAGAUUAUUUAGCAAAAGCAAUCAUCUAGAUACAUUUCCCCACUUACAGUAAAAUAACUGGAAAAAAAACAUAGACAAAGUAUAUGUAUUUGACUUUAAAUGAUUUUAUUAUGUGAGAAAAGAAGAGACUAUGGAGUGACAUGAAAGGGCAAUAUCCAAAAUAAUUGAGCAUAUAAUACAGCGAUUGACCAAUUAGAAUCAACCAACCAUUCCAAAGAUUGAUGAAAAUAGUUAUUCAUUGUUAGUUCAUGCUAAUUCACAGUGCUAACUAAUGUUAACAAGCACAACUUUUGAUUUGAAUGAUUUUUUUAAAUUAAUCUAUUUAUUAUUUAUUUUUUUUAUUUUUUUGCUGUAUUUAGAAAUAAAUAAUUUUUAGUAAAUGUAUGCUAUUAUAAACUAAGCAAAUCCAGUCCUCUCCACUGAUCAAAAUGCCUGAAACAGAAGCAUUAAAACACUGAUCACAGACAUUGUGGUGCUUUGUAGUUUGUCAUAUUUUUUCACCAUGUCUCCCGGAGCUUAAUCUUCUUUUUAUCCUUUGCUCUGACAGCUGAACUAUGUCAUUACACAAGCAGUGUGGAUCUCUUUUCUGUCUGUGCACAUCAACAUAGAUCCUCCCUUUCAAGAGUUAAUAAAGUAAAGAAGAGCAUCUUACUUACAACAAUUUAUUUAUUUAUUUUAAUUUCUUUAAUCUUUUUGAUGACUAAUGAUACAUUUGUAUCAAAUAAUAGUUUUUUUUUU